CUUUCCCCGCGGGGGGUACCGGCGGCGUCGAACAAAAGGCGCGCGGGGCACCAGGAAGUAGGGGCCGAACACCCGAGCGAGGAGACUCGCGGGCGCGCGGUGUUGCCUGGCCCCCGCGCGGACUCGGGAGGGCGCUGGAAGAGUGGCGAGUGGCGGUGCGGGGAGGGCGAGAUACAUCGUGGCCCGCCCACCCCGUGGAGGUUGCGGCGCCUAGCCGCUUUCGCAGGUCUGUGUGCGCGAAACUGCCCCGGGCAUCUGGGUGACCCGGUAUGUUCGUCGCGCGCAUCCACAUGCGGUGCCCGGGACUCGAGUGUACGCCCGCGGCUCCCAGCUCCGGCUUUGGCGGUCUCAGCUCCGCUCUCAGGCCCCAGGCUUUCGGGCCCCUUGUGCUGGUGGCGGAGGUUGGAGCUUGUACCCGGCAGGAGGCGGCGCCACAGGUGUUCCUUGGGUCACUUCGCUCGGGGAAGGGAGUUGAGGGAAGAAGACGGGAAGCCAGGCGGGAAGAAUUAAUGUCCUGGCUUGAACGCCGUGGCUUGCAGGGAGACGCAGAAUGGGUUUUUGGAGCAAAUGUCCAGGGCACAGGUGCUACUUGCCCAUGAGGGAAGGUGCACAGCUAAGUGGCAACAGUCCAAAUCAGAGAAAUUUCUUGGCAUCAAGCAAAAGAAUCCUCUCCCUUCCCAAAGGAUUUGAAUUCGGGGAGAAAAGUUUCAGUAUUGAGAUAUCCGUGUAUUUUGUCUCUUUUCCUGCACUUGAAUCCUGAGCUUGCCUGUCUCUGCGAUUGGUGGGAGGCGGUAGUAAAUGGCAUAAGUGCUUUUGUCACAGAUGUUGAAAAACUUGGGGGCAGGGCAGUUUUAUUCCAGCACAGAUGACCUCCCUAUAACUGUGGUGCCUGAUACCAGUCCCAAGGGUUCCAAGAGUGUGUGAGAGAAGGGGAGGGUAACUGCAUGAACUCUGAUGGGGCAGGACAGUUCCCAGGAGCUGCUCAACAGACUCCAAACAGGAGCCCUCUGUCUUCUCUUCACAGCCAACAUGCCCAUCACUCGGAUGCGCAUGAGACCCUGGCUAGAGAUGCAGAUUAAUUCCAACCAAAUCCCGGGGCUGAUCUGGAUUAAUAAAGAGGAGAUGAUCUUCCAGAUCCCGUGGAAGCAUGCUGCCAAGCAUGGUUGGGACAUCAACAAGGAUGCCUGUCUGUUCCGGAGCUGGGCCAUUCAUACAGGCCGAUACAAAGCAGGGGAAAAGGAGCCAGAUCCGAAGACGUGGAAGGCCAACUUUCGCUGUGCUAUGAACUCCUUGCCAGACAUUGAGGAGGUGAAGGACCAGAGCAGAAACAAGGGCAGUUCAGCUGUGCGGGUGUACCGGAUGCUCCCACCCCUCACCAAGAACCAGAGGAAAGAGAGAAAGUCCAAGUCCAACCGAGAUGCUAAGAGCAAAGCCAAGAGGAAGUCGGGUGGGGAUUCCAGCCCUGAUACCUUCUCCGAUGGACUUAGCAGCUCCACCCUGCCUGAUGACCACAGUAGCUACACAGCUCAGGGAUACAUAGGGCUGGACUUGGAGGUGGAGCAUGCCCUUACUCCAGCGCGGUCACCAUGUGCCAUCAGUAGCACUCUACCCGACUGGCACAUGCCGGUGGAAAUUGUCCCCGACAGUACCAGUGACCUGUACAACUUCCAGGUGUCUCCCAUGCCCUCCACCUCUGAAGCUGCAACAGACGAGGAUGAAGAGGGAAAAUUACCUGAGGAUAUCAUGAAGCUUCUGGAGCAGUCAGAGUGGCAGCCAACAAGUGUGGAUGGGAAGGGGUACCUGCUCAAUGAACCUGGGGUCCAGCCUACCUCUGUCUAUGGUGAUUUCAGCUGCAAGGAAGAACCUGAAGUUGACAGCCCUGGGGGGGAUAUUGGGCUGAGCCUACACCGGGUCUUCACAGAUCUGAAGAACAUGGACACAAGCUGGAUGGACAGCCUGCUGACCCCUGUCAGGCUCUCCUCCAUCCAAGCCAUUCCUUGUGCACCAUAGCCAGGCUCCUGGUCUCCUUUUGCUCUCCUGGGAAAGCAGUACCUGGCACCAUGGUGGCUGUUGUGCAGAGAAGCAGGACUCCAGUGGGCCUCUUGACGUGGCAAUGUGUGACCCCACUGCUCAGCAGGGAUGGGGCCUCCCUCCGUGGGUCAGUGGGCCGCUCAGGGCCUGUCGGGCCAGGAUCUGGGCUCAUCUUUUGGGGUAAAGCUGGCCCUGCCUCCCAGGAAGAUGGAGUUCUAAGAUUGGUGUGUCAGGUGGAAGACUCAGACAGGAGUCAGCCUCUAGCUUUUCCCUUUGAGCCCUGGAGACUGGAGAGAGUCUCACUGUCAUUGAGCUGGCUUGAGGGGACAGACUUCAUUAAAGCCUAGCACCAUUCCCAGGGCUGGCUCUGCACUAAGAGAUAGUUGCACUAAGUGAAUCCUGUUUCCAAAGACCUGCCUGCCUUCCCAGCUGAGUUGGGAACUGUUCCAAAGCCAGUGAAAUGUGAAGGAAAAAUGGGAGUCCUUUUGGAUAGUGCUCCUUUGGUCUCAGGAGCACUGCCAUGCUCCCUGCUCAGGCUGAGGGGCUUGGGAUAAAAACAUGGCACUUUUUCUUGUGGACCUUGCCACAUUUCUGAUCAGAGAUGCACACUAACGUUUCCCCCAAGCUCUUGGCCUUUGCAUUUAUUUAUACAGUGCCUUGCCCUGCGCCUGCCCCACCCCCUCAGGUCCCAAAGCCCUCAGCAGGCCCAGGGAGGAAAGUGCAAACGCCUUGUGUGACUUAAAAUUGGAAACAUCAUCUAACCACUAAGUCCUGUGUGAUCACAGACAUACAUGUGUGUAAAUAUGUAAAUUUUCUUUUCAUAAAAAGUUAAUUGUUUACAAGGGGUGUGACCGUUUUUAGAGAGAAAUUAUAGAUUAUUUUACUUUUUAUGGAAACAGA